CCAUUCAGUCAGAAGCUAAUUAAAUGGAGUGGUGAAUUUGAAUACCGUUCAAGUGAUAAGUACACAAAUCUGAGUGUUGGAAGCUUCCUAGACUAUGGAAACUAGAACUGCAAUAGAUAGGCCUUCUUAGUAAGUGAGGUGGGUGCAUUUCAAAGGAGUUCAUGGAAUUUAUUAUUUUCAAAUUGGAGCAACACUUCAAAAACACAUAGCUGACCAACCAUCCAAUACAAAUGGAGGCAGAAGGUGAAGUCUAGCAGUUCAAUUUGAACAUCCAGUGAAGUUCAACAGUGGCAGUGGUUAGUGUAGUCAGACACGAGGAAAACGUAGCUAGAGGUUGCAGUAACAAGUGAAAAUAACAUUUUCAGUCUCUAUAUUAUACUGUAGUGGAAAUUACAAUCAGUUGAAAACUCACUUUCACGAGAUGUCAGUGUUCAGAGAAACGGCGGCUGCUGUCUCAGCGUGCAUCUGCAUGUUCGUGACGGGCUGCUGGUUGGCAUGGCCUUCACCUGCUCUGAGGAAACUGGAAGUGCAAGGGGGAGCGAACGUGUUCAUCGAGGGAGACGAGAUCUCGUGGGUGGUUGCCUCCCUGGACGUGGGCAACAUGGUCAGUCCAAUCCCUGCAUCCUACCUGGUCGACAGGAUAGGCAGGAAACCUGUUCUCCUGGCUACAGGACCUCUCUACCUCAUCUGCUGGAUGCUGACCUUCGUGCCUGGGACGCCCUACUUCCUCUUCCUGUCUCGGUUCCUCAGUGGCAUAGGCAAAGGCAUUGCCUUCUCGAUAUGCCCCAUGUACCUGGGGGAAAUUGCUUCAGUUGAGGUGCGCGGGGCCAUCAGCACAAUAUCGACGGGGGCUCUGUGGGGCGGGUCACUGCUCAUGUUCAUUGUUGGACCACUUGUUUCUUACCAGUGGCUGAACACAAUCGGAGCCAUCUUCCCGAUCAUCUUCUUCAUGACAUUCUUGUGGAUCCCAGAGUCUCCGUACGGCUGCCUCAUGCGUAACAAGGUCGAAGAGGCACGCAAGAGUCUGCAGUGGCUGAGAGAGGGUGCAGACCAACUCGCCAUCGAGAAAGAACUCGAGCAGAUGAAGGAAAACGUCGAAGAAGAAAUGAAAACAAAAGGAACAUUCGUCGAUUUGGUGGCGAUCCCCAGCAACAGAAAGGCAACCACCAUAGUGAUGGUCAGUUCAGCAUUCCAGAGACUGUGUGGAAUAAGUGCUGUGCUGGCAUUUUCUUCAACAACCCUGCCCAAUGUAGGAUUCCAAUUCUUUCAUGUUAGCCAGGUUAUUGUGGUUUUUGGAAUAGUUCUGACAAUUGGAAACUUCUUAGCUACACCUCUAGUGGAUCAUCUUGGGAGGAAACCUCUGCUGUUUGCAUCCAGCAUAGGGCUUGCCAUAUCCACUGCCACUUCUGGAUUCUACUAUCUAUUGCGUGGAGAUCCCGAGCAAGCAGCCUGGCUUCCUUAUAUGGCACUGGUCUGUUUUGGAAUUUUCCACUCCAUCGGUUUAGGUGUCAUCCCAUCCACUCUACUUUCUGAACUUUUCCCCGCUAAUGUAAAGUCUCGCGCGGCCGCAGUUUCAUCAAUUGUUUUUGCAGCCGCUUCUUUCGUCACAAACAAAAUGUACCACCCUGUCCAACACUCUAUCGGCACCCAUGCUAUGUUCUUCUUUUUCUCGAUGAACGCGGUGAUUUUCACCAUUUUCAAUGCUCUAUUCAUAUUCGAGACAAAAGGUAAAUCGUUCCCUGAUAUACAGAAACGUCUCAAAAGUCUAAAGUAAGAGAAUAGACAAGAUCUGCUUUUUAUUCUCGUUAAAAAUUGAAAUAUUUUAUUAUAUUUGUUUUUCCAAAUGUAAGUGAUCUCUAAGAUGUCUUUAACAAAAAUAAGAUUUGAUCUACACAUAAUGAUUAUGGGAUCAUCUUCUACUUAUUGAUUUUUACAAACGAUAUUGAUGUAAUGGUGACAGGGGGAACAGAGGAGCCUUACUUCUCUCUCGAACUUAGAUGAAAUAAUAUAGUCUGAAAGUUUAAUACUCAAAUCGUUUUCAAAGGAUUUAAUUCAAUGCAAUUCAAUCUCCCAAUUUAAGAAGAACUGUAUUCGGAAGAAACAGAAUCAAUACAGAUCAAAGAAAGCAUAGGUAGGCCUAUACUAAAGAAUUUGCAUCUACGAAGAUUAUGAACAAGCGAAGUUUCAAUAAACUUAUUACUGUAGGAAAAUAUUAAAAUCGUUUAGUGAAGAUGAAACUAUAUCCAAGGGAUGUACAAAGAUUAAUAUAAAUGUCAACACUGGAAUUGAGUUUCGAUAAUGAUUUCGGGAAAUCCUAUGAUUUCAAAUCUUAGAAUACCUAACAUAUAACAAUAAGUAUCACAAAAGAAUAGAAGUAUAAAUUUUAGGGCUAGGCAAAGACGAUCUGCUUUUCAUUCUCAUUGAACAUAUGAAUAUUUUAUUAUAUUUGUUGAGAAACAAUUUAACAAUAUAUUGUUCAUUGAGUAGAUAAGAAAUCGAUGCUUUACGAACAGCUAUAGCAUGAAGAAGUUUCAAAUAAUUUUAUGGAACGAUUUUGAAAUAAUAUAAUUGUUGAGUAGGCGUAACAGGGACACAUGCCUCUAUAAACUGUUAUGAAACACAUUUCAAUGAAAGAUGUUUAUUGGAUCUUUGAAAUAGUUUUAUGAAAAUAUGAGAGGAGACAUUUUUAUAAAUGAACUCAAGGAAAACAUGACCUGAUAACAGAAAAAUAGUACAAGGUUCAGCAAGGUAUUCUUGUGUUGAUAAGAAAUGCUUAUAUAUUGUUAAGCUUUGUCGGUAUGUCAAGUGUAUGAAAGUGAUCAAUGAUAUAAUUUUUUUAAGUAAUGAUAACGUAAUUUCGACGAGUAUCUGACAAUAUUAUUAUUUCAGUUACAUAAUCCAAUUAAUAUAUGCCUUAAAAAAACUAUGUUGUAACAUUGAAUCUAGUUUCAACACGAAGCUAUAAUAAUAAUUCAGUUUUUUAAAUUAUUAGUUUUAUGAAUUGUUAUUAAAUUCGAUUAAUAGGUUGUGGAAAAAAUUUGUUCCAAUAUAGAAUCAAACACAGCUUCUGAAAAAUAUGAAUUUCUCAACAUAUUGCAGCCUACAAGAAUACAAACUAGUAGCUAAGUAUAAAAAAUUGUACCUAUAUCAGGAGUUGAAUUUUAGCUAUCAUAAUUAUUAAGUAAUUCAAACGAGUAACUAGGAGAAGAAUUAGUGGAGGAACGUAUUAGGAGGAGAGAAUUGAUAACAGUGAAUUCAAGAAUGUAAAUAUGUACAAAGAUAAAUUUAGUAAUAGUUUAGCAUUGUGAGCUGAUGUAAUUUCAAGUUAUUCAGAAAAAUCCUGUGAAAUUUAGUUGAAAUAGUGAUUAAACCAAAGUCUGAAUAGUGAUACGAAUGUAUACUUUUAUGAAUGAGUGAAUUAUAAAUAAUCUAGCAAAGAUUAUAACUUCAAUACGGUGUAGUAUAUCAAGUGAAUAUUGUGAAUUAGUCAUAAGUUAUGUAUAAAAUAAAAUCUUGAGUAACA